AUGUCGUGCGUGGAUGCGGUCAGGCACGACGUGGACGUUGCCAAGCGCCUUGCCGCAUCCUUCGACGGCCUUGCGCCUGCGGAGGCGCUGCGGCGCCACUCCCCUCGUAGUCGCCCCUUUGCUGUUGGUGACCUCGUGCAGCACCCCAGCGGGAAGAUGACCGUCGCGGUUCGUCUCGAGCGUGUCGUUGCGGGCGGUGCGCAGCUGGACCCCGGCACCCCGCCCCUCGUCGUGUGCGUGGAGUGGGACGUCAUCUUCAGCGUUGCGUACCCGAAGGAGCCGUGCCUGUGGCAGCUGAGCGACGGGCGCCAGACGAGCACCGGCCCCGACGCGGAGCGUUCGGUUGUCAGGCUCCGCUCGUUCCUCAUGGAGGAGGUGCUAGCGCGCCUGCCGAAGCCCAAAAAAACGUACCUUGACGCGUGCUUGGGCGACGCGGGGGGCGGUCCCGCGUACCGCCGCGCCACGCAGGCCGCCGCUGCCGCUGCCGUCGCCUUGACGUCGCAGACCGAAUUGGCGGCGGGCAUCGCCCCGGUGGAGGUGCAUCCAGCCCUGGGAGGCGGCGGCAGCAACGGCAAUAAACACAGCGGCGGUGUCAGGCAAAAGCAGAAAAAUGGUCGUGGGAGCGGCGCCGUCGGAGUUGCGGCAUCGCCGUUUUUGUCCGAUUUUGCGUUUCUCUCUAGUUGGUGGGCCGCACUGGAGCUGGACGUGGGCUGCGUCGUGCCCGCGCGCCAGCAUUUUCUCAUGGGUCACGUCUCCUCUGGAAACAUGACCUCGCUGGAGGAGGAGCUCGGGGGCAGCAGCUACCCCCGACAAGGGCGUGGCAUGCACUUUCUGGAUGAGGUGGGGGGGAGCAGAGUGCAGCGUGCCGGGCGCGGCUUCGCUGCUGUGUUUAUGCCCCGUGGCGACGUCAUCGCAUGGGGAAUGCGCCGGCUUCCGCGCAGUACCAUGAACAGCGAGGAAGAGGCGGACGGCGAAGCCGCGCCCGGCACGACACAGCCCCAAAUACUGCAAGCCGAGUCGUCUGGGGUGGUGCCGCAUAACUGUGGGGUGGGCUGGAGCGGGUAUCGCACGGGCUACAUGGAGGCCGCGGGGCAGCAUGGGUAUCAUAGCCAACACCCCCCACAUCAUUGUGAUCAGCACAGCCGACGCGCGCAGCAGGCGCUGCGCAUGACGUCGGUCCGAAGUGACCUGUCUGGGGCGGUGCUGCCAUCGCUGCUGGUUCCAAGCAACGUCUUGCGCACCGACGCCUACGAGCUAAACGACGUCUGCCUUUACGCCGAGAACCCAGCUGCGGCUCUGUGCCUGAAUGCCCGCAUUUCUCGCGACGGAAAGAUGCUAAACAGCGUGUCAAACUUGUUUUUGAUGUUGCGUCAUUUGGUAAAGGGGGUGUCGCCGCAUGCCUCGUUGCGCUACGCAUUGCAGCUGCUGGUUCCCGCGCUACAUGAGCUCGUCAAGGCCUUGCAGAAGCAGCGGAGGCCGUUUUGGGCGGGGGUGGCCAUCUGCUGCCUGUUACUGCCAGCCGUGCUCAACGAUCGGCCCACGCCGUUCGACCUCACCGCCCACCUCAUUGACCCCGUCGAGAGUUAUCGUUGCGUCUCGCUCGUGGCUAUGAUAUUUGCCGCGGUGGGCUCCAACAACAAGUUCCGUGAGGCGGAGCUUGCGAGGGACGCCAUCAUGAGCGCGUACCGUGCCAAACAACUACCGCAGCCUCUCGCCAGCACGACCGGGGAACGGGCGGCGUGCGCUGGCGGCGGUGACGCUGUCGUCCAUGCGUCCCACCUACCGAUCACCGAAUGUGCCGUCUGCGGGCUCCCUUUGCUGCGGGGCACAAGACGGGGGCCUGGUGGCGUCGCUGCCAGCGCUUCUACCAGUAACUCUGCAACUAGUGACGAUGCUCUCUUACUCCCCGCUAAAAACGAGGGGUGUAUCGUUGUGCAGUGUGCGUACUGUGGGCACGGCGGACACGUUGCCCACAUCAUUGCUUGGUGGGAAGAUAAGAAUGUAAGUUGCUGCCCAAUGGGCUGUGACUGCCGAUGUGUCUACUGA